CCGGUGGGGCAGCGGUCCAGGGCUCGGGAAAAGAUCGAAGAGAGCAGAAUCUGGUAACGGUACGCUUUGACAAAUACCAACCGUCCCGAAUCACCGUCGAAGGGCUUGAACCCAAGAUGGCGUCACUGCAAGAGGGCUUUGCCUUUGCACGGAGCUAGCAAGCUAUACAUCCACGUGAGAGGCAGGGAAGACUUUAAAUGGUUAGAGGUCAUAGAGCAAGGUUGCGGUUGUCAUCAUGGCUUCUGGAAGCACGAGCAGCGAGGAGGAGCGGAGCCUGAGGGAGUGCGAGCAGUACGUGCAGAAACACAACAUCCAACAGCUGCUGAAGGACUGCAUUGUCCAACUGUGCACCUCCAGGCCCGAUAGGCCUAUGGCCUUCCUCAGAGAGUACUUUGAGAGGCUGGAGAAGGAGGAGGUCAAGCAGAUUCAGAACCAGCAGAAAGCCAGCAGUUCACGCUCAGACUCCCGCGACGAGGAGGUGUCUCCGCCCAUGAACCCUGUGGUGAAGGGUCGCAGACGGAGAGGAGCCUUCAGCGCUGAGGUUUACACAGAGGAGGAUGCAGCCUCCUAUGUCAGAAAGGUACACACUUUGACUCAGUACCCUGACAUGCUUGCAUGCACCAUCAGUGUAAUUGAAGGAAGUCAUUCUUUGGUGUGUGUGGUUUCUUUUAAGGUUAUUCCGAAGGACUACAAGACAAUGGCAGCUUUAGCCAAAGCUAUUGAAAAAAACGUUCUCUUCUCUCACCUGGAUGACAACGAGAGAAGUGACAUAUUUGAUGCCAUGUUUCCAGUCACCUACAUCGCCGGGGAGACCGUUAUUUUGCAGGGUGACGAGGGUGACAAUUUCUAUGUUAUCGACCAAGGGGAGAUGGAUGUCUACGUGAACAACGAAUGGGUGACGAGCAUCGGUGAAGGCGGCAGCUUUGGAGAGCUGGCACUGAUCUAUGGCACCCCGAGGGCCGCCACCGUCAGAGCCAAGACCAACGUCAAGCUGUGGGGCAUUGACAGAGACAGCUACAGGAGAAUACUCAUGGGAAGCACUUUGAGAAAGAGGAAGAUGUACGAGGAAUUCCUCAGGAAAGUGUCCAUUUUAGAGUCUCUCGACAAGUGGGAGCGCCUGACUGUUGCCGAUGCCCUGGAGCCGGUCCAGUUUGAGGACGGACAAAAGAUUGUUGUGCAGGGGGAACCUGGAGAUGAGUUCUUCAUCAUUUUAGAGGGUUCAGCUGCAGUGUUGCAGCGUCGCUCAGAGAACGAGGAAUUUGUUGAAGUGGGGAGAUUAGGACCAUCUGACUACUUUGGUGAGAUUGCUCUGCUUAUGAACCGCCCCCGCGCCGCCACCGUGGUUGCUCGUGGGCCCCUGAAGUGCGUCAAGCUGGACCGGCCUCGCUUCGAGCGCGUCCUGGGCCCGUGUUCAGACAUCCUCAAGCGCAACAUCCAGCAGUACAACAGCUUCGUCUCGCUGUCGGUCUGAAGGUGCUCGACGCCAGCCCCCAAUCCUUCCUUCCUCUCUCUGCUCCUCCUUCUAGACCCAGGGUCCACCGACGUGAUUUGCUUUUCGCCACUUUCUUGCCUCCCUCUCCCCCCCCUCACUCCUCUUUACUUUCAUGGUUACCGCCCGUCACGCUGAGGUGACUUUUUAGCCGUUCACCAGCGCUUGUACCAGCUGCUGUAACGUUACCGUGUAGGCACAGUUGCAUCACGCUACCUAUGUCAUAUAUCUGCUGGUUACGCUUUGUUUUAAGAAACGCAAAGCUAAGAAGGUUAGGGAGAUGUGGGCUCUCAAAAGACAGGACAAUCACAAAAACCCUCACAUGGCCAAUUUAUUCUACCCGUCCCAUUACACAAACAUCCAGCAGACGUGACCGUAGAAGACCAAACCUUGUGGGUUUGAUGUGAUGGCUCCUUUUUGAAACUUGCUUGAUAGGAUGAGAUAAUAGUGACAUUGAGAAAUCCAAAAAGUUGAGUUUUAGUGUGCAGCUUCCAGGCUGGUGCCAAAUGUUUAUAACAAGGUGGAAAUGUUACCUAUUUGGAGCUCGACAACGAGUGUAUUUUGUUUUUUAAACCCUUUUGUCCUAAUCUGUAGAACAACUUUACAAGAACUGCCUUGAGGAGAAAUAUCUUAAAAAAAUAAAAUAAAGGGGAAAAAAACCACAAGUAUUGUGUAUUUCAGUAUUGAGGGUUUUUUUUCGUAUGUACCAAAUAACUUGGUAACUCUUAUGCUAUGGUUUGUAAUCUAGUUAAUGAUCAUUGACGCAAUGAUUAUUAUUAAAUUUGUGGUUUGGAGUGAUGGUGAUGGUAAAAAAAAACCUUGUCUUUUGUAAACACUUAUUUUUCCAUAAAUUCUAUUUUAGGUGUCCAGUGCCACAAAAUAAAUAAAUACUUCUUGUCGAUUGAUUGACACAACAGUAUGUCAUUGUAUUGUGUAAAAAUGGGUUAAAACUUGUUUCCCCCCAAAUAGAUGAAAUGUAAAGAAACAUAUUUCAGGGCAUCAGAGGUGUUUCUGGUUCGGAUAUUUAUUUAAAACUUAGCUUUUUGCCGACUGGAUCAGCUUGUGAUUAUUUUUUUUUUGCGCUUUUUUUUUUUUUUGGUAUGAUGUUGUUAGACAAAUCCACAACACAAUGAUGAUCAGCUGUGUGUACAAUAUACCGUACACCAGGCCCCUGCAGCUUUGUGUUUGAUUUGUGACCCCAUGACUAUUUAGGUGGCCUCCGAUGUUAACUAACUUCUUUCCUGCCUCGUUGUCUGUUUCCCAACACUGCUGUUUCUGAAAAGAUUACAUUUUUAUUCUGAUUGCAGCAGUCAUGUUAGUUGGACAUGAGUGUGUUAUCUUUAGCUGAUCAAAUUCUCGUAUUGCCCUCCCACUAGGCUAUCCUUGUGGAUUUAGUCACUUUCUGUCCAUCCCACUUGACAGGAAACGACCAUUUGAUAGGGACGAAGGUGUACGUCAGACUAAUGUAAAUAGCUGCAACAUCAGCAUUGGUUUAAAUGUUUUAGCCACACUGCAAUCGUCCCGGUUUGCCUUAGCUGACCUUUCCUGGCCCUACAGUAGUUUUUGGUCACUCCUGCUGGUUCCCAACCUUCAAGCUGGUUGGUUUUUGAGCCGGCAGUGCACUGAACUGCAAGGCGAUCAGAGGACCAUUCUAUUUCUAUUCUUAACCUGUAUUCAGUUUCACCUCCUAUAUGUGCAAAGAUGUUUAUCCUUUUUUGGUAUAGAUUGUUCCAGAUGGCAGUUUAAGCAAUAAAAAAGUAAAAAGAAU